CAAGCAUUUCACACUGGUGCUUUUGCAAGCUAGUCAAACUCGAUCAAUUGCUUGUCUAGGUACCGUCUCAUACCUACAUAUAGAUACACAUCCUAUCUACCACCCGAACCCGCCUACGCAAUCUCGCAAGCAUGCUCAUAUCAACACAUCUCGUCGUCUUUGCCAGCACCGCCGCCCUGGCGACGGCCCAAAACACACGAGGCGACGGCGGCAGCAGCAACGUCCAGCUCACGACGGUCACGCCGCCGACCGCCUCGGUCACCGUCACGCCGCCCAUCCAGACGGGCUGCCCGACCGCCACGACGACGGGCGUCCGGUGCUCGACCUGCAUCGUCCCGGCCUGCCUGCACAUCUCGACCAUCACCCAGUCGUGCGGCUGCCCGACGCCCGUGCCGACCCAGACCCUCGACUGGCCUUGCGAGGGCGGCUGCGGCGGCCUGUCAUGCGCCACAUCGUACGUCGUGGCGCAGCUGGCAUUGGGCUGCCCUUCCAGCGGCUCGACCUCGUUCGUUCAGCCCCCGACUCAGCCCCCGCCGUCCGGGGGGCUGCCGACGACCACAUCGGAUGGUCAGGUGGCUACCAGCAGUGGUUUGGCUCCGGGACCGACUGCGGCUGCGGGAAGGAUCAUGCCCUUCAAGUUUUGGAUGUGA